CACUGACCCGUUUGCCUUCAGUACGUGCUGAGUUUACCGAAGUGCAAUCGAUGUUUGAAUGCAUUAGAGGUGAUAAUAUGACAACAUAAGAGACUUUCCGUACACAAAGUCGAACAAUUGACCGCGCGCUUCCAAUCCGUACUGACGUUCAAUGGCAUUGCGAUUUGAUAUUACAAGCUUGCUUUAAAAGUGAUUACAAACAAGAUGACUACCGCGAAAGACGAUACGAAAACCGAUAUAGAAGAGCUACCCUUGAAAACGGGUGUGAACAAUGUGACUAAUAAUAAUAUGACGUUUUGGGAGAAAGUGAAGUUGUGUAAGAAGAACAUAACAGUGGAACCAGUACUAGGAAUGUUCGUGAUGCCCAGUGUUCUAGCUAUGUUAGCAACGCAGAACUUGAACCUAGAUAAAGCUUGCAGAGUCAAUCUGGGAUUCAAUGAUACAGUGUGUAACGAUUUAAGAUUACGAAGAAAAGACCACUACAUAUUGGAAGAGAUUGCGGUGCAGAAACUUAUAGCAUCCGUUCAGGGAUGGAAGAGUGUGGUGAACACGGCAGUACCCACAUUGCUCAUGUUGUUUGUCGGAGCGUGGAGUGAUAAGACGGGAAGAAGGAAGAUCUGUAUGCUGAUGCCAAUCUUUGGGGAGUUCAUGACUUGCAUCCUUAACAUGAUCAACACGUAUUUCUUCUAUCAAGUCCCUGUGGAGUGGACUGUGUUUAUGGAGGUCAUAUUCCCAUCUUUAACCGGCGGCUGGUACACGAUACUGCUCGGUACUUAUAGCUACCUAGGAGACAUUACCUCAAGGGAAACGAGGACAUUUCGCAUGGGAAUACUGAGUCUAUGUAUGACUGUAGGGUUUCCAAUAGGAAUGGGUUUGAGUGGAAUCCUAUUAAAGUAUGCCGGCUAUUAUGGAGUAUUUUUGACGUCUGCCUUUUUCCAGAUAAUUAAUUUUGCAUAUGUUAAUAUCGCGAUUAAAGAUCAUACGUGGUUGGAAAAGGAGGGAACGGAAAAACGCUCUGGAUGCUUUGGAUUUUUGAGAGAGUUCUUUGAUAUGAACAGUUUAAAGGAAACGUUGCAGAUUGCAUUCAAAAAAGGAGAGAACAAUAGAAGGCUACGGAUAUGUCUUGUGUUGUUCGCGGUUUGUUUGAGCUUCGGACCGCUGUGGGGUGAGCUCAGUAUAAUGUAUAUCUUUACAAGAUAUCGCUUCAAUUGGGAUGAGGUUAAGUAUAGUAUAUACUCGACUUACAGCCUGGUAACGCAUUCUGUUGGAACAAUGUUUUGCAUCAGCGUAUUUAGUAAAAAACUACGAGCAGAUGACGCUAUACUUGGAAUAAUCUCAACUAGUAGUAAAAUUGCCGGAUCAACACUUUUGGCCUUCGCUAGAAAUAACACCGAAGUAUAUUUAGUGCCGCUUGUCGAGAUAUUAAAUGGGACGACAACUAUUGCUCUCAGAUCAAUCGCUUCCAAGUUGGUGUCUCAUCAGGAGUUGGGAAAAGUUUUCUCACUGUUCGGAAUGGCUGAAACAAUGAUGCCAUUAAUCUUUGCACCGCUGUACGCGCGGGUGUACAUCCUCACACUACACGUCCUCCCAGGCGCUGUGUUCCUCGUGAGUGUCCUCGCGACUGUACCGGCCUUGAUAAUAUUUGGAUGGUUCUACCACCAGCACAAAAAAGACUCAAAAGAAAAAAGACUUGAAGUUCCUGAAACUUCCUCUCCAUCAACUAUCAUGGAAUCUAAACCAGUAAAGUCUUAGAGCCGGAGUUAAACUUAUGAAGCAUAUCUUACUCAGAUCUUUGGCAGCAGUUUCUUGGCAGGAUUUGCGGCGCUACAUACACACGACGUUGUUUAUUUAGUUAUAAAAAUAAUUAUAAUAUUAUGUUGCUAUAGCAAUAAAAAUAAUAAUAUUA